GUUUAGGAUUAGCAGAUACAAAAGCCUGCAUAUAAAAUAAACAACAAGGUCCCCCUGUAUAGCACAGCGAAUUAUAUUUGAUAUCCUUUAACUGAACCACUUGGCUGUAUACCAGGAAUUAACAUAACAUUGUCAAUCAAUCGCAACAAUUUUUUUAAAAAGGUGAUGUUUCGAGCAUCACCUAUCUUCUGGUUUCAGCUGGUCUGGGGUCUCUCUGCUUGUGGUCAGCAGUUGUCAUCUGAUGGGGGUGUGCUUGCUGUAAAAAGAAUUUAGGAAUGUAUGUCCAACCUUUAUAUCUUUUCAGAAAGGGAACUGGUUGUUCAGUGACUCUGCUCUGUGGCUGGCCUGUCAUCUAAAUUGUUACCAGUUUCUCUGCCCACGAGCUAUUCCUUGUUUCGACAUUGUCACAAUUUUGAACAAUUAACUCUUGAUCCAGCCUUUUGAGACUCUGGGGAGGCUGGAAGAUCAAAGCUUUUCUACAAACCAGAGGCAGGUGGAGGACCAGGUGGAGGGGGUGGGUCUGUCCCAGGAAGCCCUAUAGGGUGCUGCUUGGUUACAGUUACACACACACUCAGCUCCACAGACAGGGAGGCCCAAAGCCACAGCAAGUUCACUCACAGACAUACACAGGGAGACACAGAUCUGAGGGCGCCAGGGGGCUGCCCUGUCCGGGCCCUUUAACCCCAGCCCCACCCUCUCACCCCAGAUAGGAGCCAUCUGGUUAGAGCUGGAUCUGAUCCACUCUUCUAGGAGAGCUGCUGGCACCAAAGGCAGCCGAGGCAUGAAAUCCCAUCACCCACCCCAUCAUUUUUUGGUCUGGCUGAGUAGGGGUAGGAGGUGGACCUAGGAAAGGGUUUUUCAUCCGUAAUCUACAAACACACAGACACACCCACAGAGACUCAAGUAGAUAGGACAUAAAAGCACCUGCACUGUAUUUACAGGGCACAGCUCCCUGCCUGGCAGGGAGGGGACCCAGCCACCUCUCAGAUCCAAAUCCUCUGACUUCAAAUUCAAGGCUUUUUGCUUUAUGCAUUGAGCACUCUCUAAGCCACCGCUACUGCCAUCCCCACAGGGACCACCGUCACCACCCCCAACUAUUAUUACCGCUACCACCACCACCACCAGUGACAAUAGCAUUGCCAUCACCAUUAUCACCAUCGUAACUGCCCUCACCACCAUCACCACAACCACCACCACCACCAACAGCAGCACCACCCCCGCCACCACCAUUAUCACCACUAUUACAGCUCCCCCAGCACUGCCAUCACUACAUCAUCAUACCAGCAUUGUCUGAACUGAUGGGGAGCCCUCCUGGACCCUGAUACAUUGGGAAAACCCAAUGGAAAGGGCAGAAGGAGGGUGACAUGCUUCUUAGGAGCCCGGGGGCUGAGGUCUGGGAAGCUCAGCCCUCCGCAGUGGUCCUGGAUUCUCUCCAACGUCAACCUUGCUGGAGAAGGUCUUCCCCGCCCUCUUCCCGCACCUGCAGAGAACUGGUCCCCAUCAAGGGUGGCCCUCGUGGUUUCUCUGUGGACAGAGAGAAGCCCAGCAGGGGUGGGACGGGGAGGGGCAGGACUCUCUGGCUGCACCCACGGGAUUGGCCAGCCUGCGCCCUCUCCGCCAGCACCUGGCUAGAAGCUUCCUCGAAGAGACAGUGUCUCUGCCUCUGCCCUGAGCUCUGCCCGUCUCAGCCAUGAGGUGGGCACCAGGUGGGCAGAACGGGCUUCAGCAGCAUCGGUGAGGCAGCGGUGAGGUGGAAGGAGGCCAGCAGGCCCCGUGGGGGAGUACGAUGGACAAGUUCCGGAUGAUCUUCCAGUUCCUGCAGUCCAACCAGGAGUCCUUCAUGAAUGGCAUCUGUGGCAUCAUGGCCUUAGCCAGCGCCCAGAUGUACUCGGCCUUCGACUUCAACUGUCCCUGCCUGCCGGGCUACAACGCGGCCUACAGCGCUGGCAUUCUGCUGGCGCCACCCCUGGUGCUCUUUCUGUUGGGCCUGGUCAUGAACAACAACGUGUCCAUGCUGGCCGAAGAGUGGAAGCGACCACCAGGCCGCCGGGCCAAGGACCCUGCCGUGCUGCGCUACAUGUUCUGCUCCAUGGCCCAGCGCGCCCUCAUCGCUCCUGUCGUCUGGGUGGCCGUCACGCUACUCGAUGGCAAGUGCUUCCUCUGUGCCUUCUGCACUGCUGUGCCCGUGACCGUGCUGGGCAAUGGCAGCCUGGUGCCUGGCCUGUCCCCGCCCGAGCUCUCCCGCCUGCUGGCCCGGGUGCCCUGCCCUGAGAUCUAUGACGGCGACUGGCUGCUGGCCCGCGAGGUGGCCGUGCGCUACCUGCGCUGCAUCUCGCAGGCACUGGGCUGGUCCUUCGUGCUGCUGACCACACUGCUGGCAUUCGUCGUGCGUUCUGUGCGGCCCUGCUUCACACAGGCCGCCUUCCUCAAAAGCAAGUACUGGUCCCACUACAUCGACAUCGAACGCAAACUCUUCGAUGAGACCUGCACGGAGCACGCCAAGGCCUUCGCCAAGGUCUGUAUCCAACAGUUCUUUGAGGCCAUGAACCAUGACCUGGAGCUGGGUCACGGCCACGGGGUGCUGGCUGCAGCCCCCGCUGGCUCGCCUGCAGCCCCUGCCACGGACAGGGCCGAGGAGGAGAGGGAGAAACUACGUGGCAUCACUGAUCAAGGCACCAUGAACAGGCUGCUCACCAGCUGGCACAAGUGCAAGCCGCCCUUGCGGCUGGGCCAGAAGGAGCCUCUGGUGGGCAAUGGCUGGGCUGGGGUCGGGCCCCGGCCUUCACGCAAGGAAGUGGCCACCUACUUCAGCAAAGUGUGAGCCACAGCUAGGGGAAGAGCCAGAAUGGGCAUCUGAGCCCACAGCCCCUUGGACCCCCAGACCAGAUGGCAGUAGGUCCCUGAGCAAGCCCACGUGCCCAGGUACUCACCUGCCCACCUGAGGCAGGCAAUUUGGAGCUGGAGGGGACCUCGGUCCUCUAGCUGUGGCCCAAUCUUGGAGGGUCCUGAGGCCAUGAGCAGUAUUAGUCAGAAAGAUUCAGAACUAGCUUAGGGGGACAAGCUCCCACCUGCCCAGCCCCUCCCAGGCCACUUCACCCCUGGUUCACCAUCUCCUCUUAGGUCCUACCAGCAGCCUUGCCUCAGCAUCCACUUAUCUCUGAUGUUUCAGGAUCUCUGUUCCCUUAUGCUCAAAGCUCAGGGAAUAGGAGGGUGUCCGGCCAGCUAAUGAGGCAGGAAUCUUCUGAUUUGGGUCAAUCUCUUGAGGCUGAGCAGGCCAAGGUGGGCCAUAAGGACAUGGGUCUCACCUGGCAGGACACACCUGUGGUCACAGUGAUUAGACAAGAUGCCAGAAGCUGGACCCGCUCAGAAGCCAGGAUGUGUGUUCACCACAGAGGUCACUCCACAUUACCAAGGUGAUCUGCCCAUUGAGCACUGGGCACAAAAGACCUCUGUCUUAGUCCAUUGGAAUGGCUAUAACAAAUACUGCAGACUGGGUGGUUUUAAACAACAGAGACCUCUCUCACAAUUCUGGAGAUUGGAAUUCCAAAACCAUGGUCCCACCUGGUUGGCCCUCUUCCUGGUUUGUAGCUGGCGCCUUCUCGCUAUGUCUACACAUGGCAAAAGGGGCUAGGGAGCUCUCAGGAGCCUCUUUGCUAAGGCAAGGACCCCACGCCUAAACAACUCCCAAAGGCCCCACUCCCUAAUACCAUCGCCUUUGGGGGUUAAGAUUUGACAUAUGAAUUUGGGGACACAUUCAGACCACAGCACAUCCCACUGAGGGGACCGUCCUGAUACCUCCCUCACAUCCAGGUCUCAGGGGGACUCAAGACCGUCCAUUUAGAAAAAGAAACUGAUGUCUUCCCAUUUUUCCCAAAGACCCCAGGGGAUGGGGAACUCUAAAGUGCUGAGAGGAUCUGCCCUGGGGUGGGAUUGAAGGAAGAGCCAUGGGAGCGGGGAGAAUGGCUCAGACUCAGUGAGACAGAACCGGGGCAAAUGCUGACUCUACCACUUACACACUGUGUCCCUUGGGCCAGUUGCUUCAUUUUCUGUGCCUCAGUUUCCCCAUCUGUACAAGGCGGCUGAGGCUCCUGCCUCCCGAGGUUAUGUGAGCAUUAAACAGGUGAGGCGUGUAAAGCACAGAGCACAUGGUAGGCUCCCGGUCUCUGGCAGAUAACAUGUGUGUUGAUUUCCAAACCUGAGGCUUUAUCCUCCACCUCCCAGUGGACAUAAGGUGGGGGGAGGGGGGGACGUGAGGAACUGGAGCAGCUUUGUCAAGGAGGAAGCUGAGGGCCAAGAAGAUGUAAGCCAGCCUUGAGCCAUAAGUCCCACUCACCCAAGAAUACAUUCAGGGGUCUGGGGGGCUCUCCCUUGAUCCUAGAGGUCACCUAGACUGUCUCUCCCUUUUAGUGCUCUUGACCCAUGACUUAGCCUCAGCUUGCACACUCCCACAGACGGGGAGCUCAUGACCACUUUCUGGGACAGGCUGGGCAGUUCCGGUUGUUGCAAAGGGCUUCCUUUAGAAACCUGUCUCCUUGUAAUUUCUGCCCACCAGUCAGAGAUCUGCCCAGAGGGCCUCAGAAAAUCCCUAGAGUUCAGAAUUUACUCACCAGCGCCCCAGAGAUUUGAAGCAGCACCUGGGGAGUUAGCUGAAGUGUGGACAGAAGAACUGGCAGGGGGAGGACGACUCUGAGGGAGGAGGGGCAGAGUGGGGAGGGGGGCUUCUGGCUUUGCUGCCUCCGCUAGGAGUCAGCAUCUUUCUGAUGGCGCCUUUCUCCUAACCCUGCUGGGGGCUCCGUCUGGCAGCUUCUAUCGGGUGGGGAGUCAAGCAGGGGGCACUCGCGAAACCGGCCUGGAGGGCAGGCUCAGGCCAGAUCUCCCCGGAGGCCCCCUGCCUGGCCCUCAAACUGGUCCCACUGGUGUGGAGCCUCAGAAGGCAGACAGGGCCAGGCUUCUGAACAGCCGCCUCCACUUCCUCUCCCCUCCCUGUGCCGCCCGCGCGCGGGGCCGUCCCCCCUGCCUGGCGUCUGUAGGCGAUUUUCCACUGGCUGGCGGGGCGCGCGGGCUGCGGGCCGGCCCGUGGAUUCUGCCUCUUUUCUGGAGGUAAACUUUUCUGAAGACACCACCAGCCCCGGGUCCUGCGGGUCUCUCCCACGAAGCAAAGCAGGAGGGAGCCCCGAGAGCACCAGCCACCCUGCCAGGCUGCCUGCCCUGGAGGCCCACACCCCAGGGGCUCCGUCGAUGUCCUGGCGCCACUUGGAGAGGCCAGCCCCACGCAGAGGCCAAGGCCGCCAGUGCCCACAGCUGGUUCCAGAUGAGGAUGCUGAAGUCCAGAGGAUGAUCAUGAAGUAUGUUGAGUCAGGAUCUCCUAAACCGGCCCAGAGCCCGAGGUCUCCAAAAUGAGAAGGUUCCUACUGUGAACUCCAGGGAUGUUGCACCAGGCUCACCACUGACUGGAGGCCCCUCCCUCCAUCCCGCCCCACAUCACAGGGUCAAGUUCAAGUCCCUUGUCCACCAGGACACUCAUUCCAGCUUUUAUGUCUUCAUGGGCCAGAGGCCUUGAGGACACAUCCUCCAAACAGUCCUGGGUCCCUCCACACAUUAGCAGGACCUGGAAUCCCAAACGGGAAGCCAGUAGACAUCCCAUAUCCCCUAAUGCCAGAGGGCUAUUCCCAGGCCCUGUUUUAAUGGAAGUUUGCGGUGGUGAAAAGAACGUUAAGUGUCUGAGGCAGACAGACUCGAGACUGCAUCUCAGCUCUGCCACUCCCAUGUGAGCCUGGCAAGCGCUCACCCUGAGGCCUCCACUUCCUGUCACUGGAGGUUAGAGCCGGAGCACAAGGAUGGGCAGUGAGGGGUGUGAAGCACCUGACAGGUAGUAGGUGUGAACAGUGGCUUCUCUCAUUCCACCCAGGCCCCGGGGCUCCCCAAGUCUCCUUCCUUUCUCGCCAUCCUGGCUACACAAUACCCUCCAGUUGCUGUUUUCAGAGGCAAACACUGAUCAGUCAUGUACUGUCCCACAGGAAGCACGAGGCCAGCCGCCGCAGAGGAUAAAAUGCCAAGCCCGUGCUCUGCCUUCAGGUGCCCAGCAGCCCACACGCUUUCCUAGUCCCACCAGGAACCGUCGGUCUCGGUCCCUUCCUGCCUCCACUCUUACUGUCGGUCCUCCAGCUGACCUGUCACCAUGGC